GUGCGACCAUCCCUAGUUCGCUGUAGCGAUUAAUUCCCAACAAAAUAAAUAAUUUUAUAUUUGCGUAUAAAAAUGGUAUUAAUAACGCCAGUUUCCGCGCCGGAACAUGGACUGCUGUACACGGCCAACAAUAUCAAGCUCAAGAUGGGCGACAAUAUUGUGGGCGAAGGCACAAUUUACAUAGCCCAAAAUUCCCUCUCUUUUCAACCAAGCGACCUACCCGACGGCAUAUCAAUCGAGUGGAAGCAAGUGAGCCUUCAUGGGAUUUCUUCGAAUCCAAGGAAGUGCAUUUAUUUCAUGCUGGACCACAAAGUGGAAUGGAAUGGCGUGUAUGGGGGAAAUCCGCAACAGCUCAUUGUCAACGGGCAGAACGGUGGUGGGGCAGAGGCAGACGUUGACGAAGGCAAUGGCAGCGACGAGCACGAUGAAGACGAUGAGAACUUUGAGGAUGCUGUCGACGAACAGUUUGAGGAAGUUACAGAGUGCUGGCUGCUGCCCGAGGAUAUACAUACAGUCGAUACGAUGUACCGCGCAAUGACUAUGUGCCAGGCCAUGCAUCCGGACUCGGCUGACAGCAAUUCGGAGGACAGCGACCCCAUGGAAGAUGCUGGCGGAAUGGUCCUGGAGGACCAGGACAUGGCCGACGAUGCUCUAACACUGGGCCGCAACGGGGGCGAAGUAGGAGGCAUGCAAAACUUGACCCUGGACGACGACGAUGAGCGCUUCGAGGACGCCGAUGAAUAAACCUAACACAGAUACUAAACUCCGUAUUUAUAUUUGGAAUCUUAUAUAAAUUUAAGACUUUAGUGUAUGAAAUGUUAGGAUUAUAUUUGAUUAGCUUUUGGAAUAUUAUAUAAUAAACGCUGUAAGCGCGCUAAAGAGCUAA